AUGCCCAACGAAGACCGUCCCAACAUCCUUGCACCUUACCAGCCUCCUGGAACCUUCGCUCGUCUCCGAGCGAAGGCUUUCGCCGACCGCGAACGCAAAGCGAAGGAGGAGGAGGCGAGGAAUAACAAUGGAGAGAACAUUGCAAUUCUGAAUGAUGAGUGGACUCUGCCUCUCGACCAAGUCGACCUCAAGACACGCCGCCAGCGUGAGGUCUAUCUGGCCAGAGAGAUUGCUGCGUGGGAGCAGUUCCAAUAUGACCAGCAGCAACAGGGCCGGCGGGAGGCGUCUGAGAAUGCCGCUGGAUCGAAGGGUAUCUGA